GAUAACAUGAGUACCCAAGCUAAAGACAAAUGUCCACUUUGCUUGGAGACGAUGGAUUUGACAGAUAAACAUCUGAAACCUUGUAAAUGUGGAUACGAGAUAUGUCUCUGGUGCUGGCAUCAUAUAAUGGAAAUGGACCAGAAGGAUGAAUGUGGUGGGAGGUGCCCUGGAUGCCGUUCAAUCUACAACAAGGAUAGGAUUUUGGAGACGAGCACCAGCAACCAAAUAUUAAAGGAACUUUGUGCUGACAAAUCAAAUUUGCAACAAGAACAAACGAAGCUUCAAAAGCAGAAGCCAGUGAAGAGUCAGACAAGAGUUGUAGAAGAACCAAUAGAUCCAAAUGUUCGUGUGAUUCAAAGGAAGCUUGUGUAUAUAAUCGGGAUGCCUUCUGAGCUUGCCAGUGAGAAGGUGCUAAGGCAAAAGAGUUUUCUUGGACAAUAUGGAAAAAUAGAAAACAUCAUUAUCGACAACAUUGGAGCUAACCAACAGCUUCCUGACUCUGGCCGUGUAUAUGUCACAUUUUCGAGAGAAGAGGAAGCUGUAUUGUGCAUAGAGUCGGUCAAUGGUUACAUCUUGGACGGCAGACCUUUAAAAGCAACCUUUGGUGUUACAAGAUAUUGUCAUAUAUGGCUAAGCAAUAAGGUUUGCCAAAAGCCAAACUGUUCAUAUGUGCACUAUAAAGCCCUAGCAGAAGAUAUUUGUACCAAAGAUGAUGUUGGUGUCUUUUGUGCAAGGCUUCAGCAUUUGUUGGGAAUGAAUAUGACGGGUCCCCAACAGCGUUCAGGAAGUACUUUACCUUCUCCAGGUGGCUGGAAUUCAAAAACUACCAUUUGUACUGGGAACUCCAAAGAUAAAAUUUGCAUCAAUGACGGAGUAGUACCCAGGGACGUCAACAAGAAUACUGGUACACUGACAGCAGCAAUUCUACGGGAUUCAGUUCGUCCUUCUUGCAAGCCGCCAUCCAUUGUAAAUGCAGCUCCUCAUCGGCUGAAUAACCAUGAGAGUGUUCCUAGUCAGCAAAAGAAGGUUUGCUCUAAAUCUCCAGAAUUACCACAACUUGGACCAAAGGGCCGACCCGAUGAGCAGUUGGCUUCCAGUGAUGAUAAAUCCCAAGCAUCUGCACAUUUAGGAGUUUCAGAUUCGAAGCAAAUGGCCUCAGCAGUAAAUGGAACAGCUGAAACUUCAUGGAAAAAACCACAUUAUGCUAAUAUAGUUUCACAAGGAUCUAGCGCACCGAGUCGCCGCUUUACUGUACUCACUAGGGAGUCAACAUCUACUGAUACAAGAUCUAAAGCCACAGGACAAGAAGGUAUUUGGGUUUCUAAGAAACUUGAAUUGCUAAAAGAUGUACACAAUGAUAGAAUUCCUAGAUCCCAGAAUUUAAAGGUAGCUUCCCAGAUACCAGAGGAACCUCUCCAGAGGUUAAUUAACCAGCUGUCCUCAGUCGUUGUUAAGUCUCAUACUGAAGCAGAGAAAAAGAGUGCACACUCACAUAUCAAGGAUACUCCAGCUCAAGGAAAAGACAUGCAGCUUUCUGUGAACACUGCAGCAUCCAGUGCAACUGUAUUGGAGAGUAUCAGUCCUACUGUGCUCAGUAGUAAUCUUUCAACUUCUGAUGCCAAGACACAGACAUCAGUUGGGACAUAUAAGCUUCCAAAUUCACACAGAAAGUUGGCAUCUGAGAGUGAACCUCAGAUCUUACAUCAACAAAAGGCGUCUGUUUCAGAUAAAGAUGUAGCAAGUGUAAGUGACUGCCGAAGCAUUCUCAGUAAUCAAGCUGUGUGUAGUGAUGGCAAACAUCAAACUUCAGCACAAGGAGGGGAUCACAGCUCGUGCUCUGGGAAAAUGACUAUGUCAGGAGAUCAAACUUCAUCUGAACAGGCAGAGAGCAUUCGGUUAACAAGACCAGUCAGUGUCCUUUCUUCCACUGAUAUAUUGGCCAAGGAUAGCAAGGGAAGAAAAAGCUUAGUUUGUCCUCCUGGAUUUAAGGUUCUUCACAAGUCAUCUGAUUCGGGCAAUUCUGUAUCAAUGAGCUCCUCAACUUGCUCUGCGCUGUGCUCUACAUCUGAUGCCCCGGUACAAGAGUCAUGCUCAGUUACAGACCAACCAGACAUAAUUAGCUGGGUCUCGGAGUGCCUGGAUGAUGGUGGUGAUACCAGACAAAGCAAUAGUGUGAGCAUACCUUCCACACUCAGUCCCACUGAUACCAUCUGGAGACCCACACAGCUUCCUGGCCCCAGUUUUGGUGCAUCAAAUAACUGUAUAUUACCACCCUACCCUGGUGGCAUGUUGCAGUGCAUGAGUGGGGAUCAAAACCCCAUGAUAUGCUGCUGCACUUUUCCGUCCGUACCAAAUCAGAUGCCUGAAUAUUGGAAUGGAGGUGCCAGUAGCUACAUGGCCCCUGGUGGGUAUAAUACGUUCUACCAAAACACGGCAUCAGGCAUGAGAACUGGUAUGGUAGGCACAUUGCUCCAACAGCCGUCGCCUCCAGGCCUCUACACUGACUGGACUAAUGGAAGCGCAGAUUCAGGCUUGAAUAGUGCACAGGUUGGCCAUCCAUACUCAGUGUACUACUCCCUCUUCUGAUUACAGGCCUGUCUUGCAACCUUAACAAUACAGAGGUACAAGUGACCUGCAUACAUGCUAACCUAGCUGGCAAAAUUGCGGAUGGUGGCGACGUGGGUGUCGAAAAUGCAGUGGUUGUGCUGAAGCUUGUAAAGAUUGAACAUGGAACUUCAUGUAAAACGAUUGUGUUGGAUGACCCCUGGUAUUGUAGUCGUGUAGUACUACCGGUGUUUUUCU